AAAUUUCGGCAAACGUUUCAAAUUCAGCCGAUCUUCGAAUUCAUCAUAAAUGUACUGGUAGAAUGAGUCAAUAAAAAAUAAAAAAACAAUUUGAACUUGCCAUUAUUUUACGACAUGAAAAUAUCAAGGUGAAUGGCGCGAAAUGAAACACACAUCCCAUGACAAUAAAUUGGUUCUGAAAACGUUUAAUUCGUUGUGCGAAAAAGAUACCUAAAACGUCACAAUCAUGGGGGUUGACUCAUCACACUGGAUAUCCACAGUUCUUAUCGGGUUCGCUUUCGUUCUAUUUGCAACAGCAGAAUCAGACUUGACGAAUGUGAGUUCGGAUCAUCCGUCUUCAAAUACUCCAAUCAAUAUAGAAGCCCCUAAUGCCGAACCAGAAGUCGCUCAACCCAAUAACGACAUCAGCAUCAAAACACCUACCAGCGACCCCAACAUCGAGUCUAAAACUACAUCAGAGGAAAUUCCUUCAACUCCAUCGACAAAGGAUGAAAUCGAAUCACACCUCUUGCUCCUACAAUCUCAAAUCUCACCCACAUCAUUCGAUCUUCUAUCUGCUGACGUGUUAUCAGAACCUAACCCAUUCAAGUAUUUAGUUCGUAAAACGUACAAGUUACCAUUUCAAGAUAUUUUGACAGCGAUCUCAGAUGUGAAGUUUGUUUUAAAUUCGAAUAUGCUUCCAGAACUGUAUAUUCCAUACGUGCAAGCUCUGAACUCGAUUCUUAAUUGUGAAAUUGCUCUUACAAGCGCUAAAAUCGAUAUUUUAGAUAUUCAGAGUGAACAUCAAGCGAACUCUAAGACAUAUAAUUUCCUCAUACCAUCUAGUGUAUCAUCGCCAUUUGAACUAUCCGGUUCGGGAUUAUUUUCUAAAGAAGUAUUCUUCGAUCCUGAUACACCUUUAGAGCUUCUUAGGAAAUUACUGAGCAUUCCAAAAAAAAAUAUUCCUUAUUGGAGAGCACGUUUGAAAGAUUAUCAUCAACAAACGGAAGAAGAAUUGAACAGAUACACUCGCCGGGAGGGGUGGCCUUACAUCUGGUACAGCUUUAGCCUGAGUUCGGUUUUUAAAGACGAUUCCAUUUUGGAUGAUAUGAAACGUGAUAUGGAUAUACUUCGACGUAUAUCGACCACUGCUCAUCGUUCGAGUUCUUCUGAAAAUGCACCAACUCCAAAUCCCAACUCAAAAGUGUCUCAGCUCGAUAACAAUGCUAGAAAUGAUACUCCCACCAAAGAUGAUAACAUCGAAUUGCCCCCUUCUCCAUUAAAUGAUUCAACAAAUACAUCAAAUACACCUGAAAUUGUAUCAGCAACACCUACAAAAGAUGAAAUCGAAUCUCGUCUUCAGCUUCUAAAACCUUACAUCGCCCCCAAAUCAUUCAAUCUCUUAUCAACUGCCGUAUUAUUAGAGGCCGAUCCUUUUCAGUAUUUUCUUCGUAAGACGGUGAAAUUACCAUAUAUGGAUACCUGGAAGGCAACCUCUGAUAUGCGUUUAGUUUUGUAUUCGAAUUUACUUCCUGAGAUCUACGUCCCAUACGUUCAAGUACUCAAGUCACUCCUCUGUUGUCAACUCGCGCUUACAGGAGCGAAAAACGAUAUUCUAGAAAUUAGAAGAAAACUUCGUGCAAACUCGAUGAAAAGUUCAUCGAUACCAUCACCACCUGGACUCUCUGGUUCCGGAUUAUUUUCUACCGAUGUUUUAGAUGAUCGUAAUCCACCUUUAUGCCUAAUUAAUCAAUUAUUGCGCAUUUCAAAAGAAAAGAUUCUCCUGUUAAGACCCAAUUUAAGAUCUAUCGUACAACGAGGGGACAGAAUUUACUGGAAUGUUGUGCAUCAAGUGCGGCGAUCCUAUAUGCGGUAUUGUGACAGUUUGAAUACAUUUGUUGGACAAGAAUCCAUUCUUGAAGACUUGGCACGAGAUGUGGAGAAACUUCAACAUGUGUCAACUACUGUUCGAGGUUCUGUUCUUCGUGAUGGGACAGAAGGUGAAAAAAUUGGCUAGUUUUUUCGAUUCUUUGGGCACAUUUUACAUUCGCAAUGUUGCCAAAUCAAUGAUACUAGAAUUGAAUGUUGAAUAGAGAGAAUAAAC